CUUGUGUUCGUUUGUUUCAGCGUCGCCGCGAACGAGGCCAAGUCGAGCACGUUUGCGUUCAUCGGACCUGAGAAGUACAAUUCCUGGGAGACGUCCAACGUGAUGUACGUCGGCACGACGUUCACCAACCUCGGCGACUACCGCCACGACGUGCCGGCCAUCUCGUCGCGGCGCCUCUACAACAUGGACUACGCCGAGUACUCCUUCUCCAAACAGUCUUUCGCGCGCAUCGACGUCAAGUACCGAGACCACUUCACCGUCCGCUACGUCUACGGCUUCAACACGUCCGACUACGCCUACUUUGUGACUGUGCAAAAGCAGUCGCAUUUGCCCGGCGACGAAGAAAAGGGCUACGUGUCACGACUCGCGCGGACGUGCGUCUCGGACGCCAAUUACGACUCGUACACGGAAGUGAGCCUCGAGUGUCGCGUCCCGAAGGACGCCACGAGCUACAAUUUGGUGCAGGCAGCGACGGUGGGACGAGUGGGGGCGUCUCUGGCUGCGCAGCUGGGGCUGGAACCCGGGGAACCCGUGCUGGCUGCCGUGUUCGCGCCGAGCCAGGGCCACUCGUGGGACCGGGUCGGAGGUGCUUCCGCGCUCUGCGUUUACCCGCUUGGCCAGGUGCAGGCCAAGUUCAAUGAAAACGUCCACAUGUGCUUCAACGGGUCCAUGAAGUAUCGCAACAUGGGCUACAUUUCUGGCCAGGUUCUGGACGGAGAAUGUCCAAAGGCCGGGACGACCGGGAAUAUAUUGGACUUCUGCCUCGUGGGCUUGAAGAUCUCGGGGAUGACUCCCAUAAGCGCCGACGCAGUGCUUCAUUAUACGACAUCUUCCAUUACAUCCAUCGCCAUCACCGAAGUCCCCGUGGGUGGCCACACCGUCGCCUUUUUGGGAACGAGCGAUGGCAAACUUAAAAAGGUGUUGUUGCAAAGUGGCUCCGAGGCGAAAGAGUACGAGGAGGUGGUGUUGGACCCCGGUCAGGGCAUUAUUCCAGACAUGGCAUUCGAUUCCUCUCACGGAUUCGCCUACAUCGCUUCGUCUCGGAAGGUUUUCCGAGUGAAGGCGGAAAACUGUGCCAAGUACACGAAUUGCUCGUCGUGUCUGGAGACGGGUGAUCCCUUUUGCGGCUGGUGCUCCUUGGAAAAACGGUGCACAUUACGAAGUGCGUGUCAAAAUGCGACUCAGGCGUCACCGAGAUGGCUGUCAUUCGGCGUGGGGCAGCAGUGCAUCGAUUUCGAGCAAAUCGUGCCCGACAGGGUAUCCAUCGACCAGUCAGCGACGGUUCAGCUGACGAUACGAACGUUGCCGGUGCUGCCAGAGGGUGCCAAGUACCAGUGCGUGUUUGGCGGCCCAUCACCCCUGGAGCGAAUCGUGGUGGACGCCAACGUGACGAAGCGGGGCCUUGCUUGUGCCAUCCCGGCGCCGGAGAAACGACCACAAAUCCCGGCGAACGAAGACCACGUCAUGGUCUCGUUGGCAGUUCGAUCUUCGGAGACUAACAAGGACUUUGUCAGUCGACACCUGGCGUAUUUUUCCUGCGAUCAGCACAAGACCUGCAUUUCUUGCGUCAAUUCUCAGUGGCCGUGUUCCUGGUGUCUGUACGAGAAUCGGUGCACGGCCAACUCAACUGCUCAAGCCUGUCCUAACCAAGCGCUGAUCACGGGAAUGCAUGUCAGCUUUCUGAGUCUGUGGCAAAAUAAUAAGCCAUCGCAUAUGAUGAACAAGGGACCUCAGCACUGUCCUAGGUUCGCCAUUCAGGGUACUGGGAAUGAAAAAUUGCUGCUGCCAAACGGGGUUCCCAGCGAAAUCAAGCUGGAGGUGCUCAAUCUGCCGACUCCGCCUAAUUCUGGCAGCUAUGGUUCCGGGUUGCUGUUUCACUGCCUGGUUACCAUCGAGGGGGCGAAGAUGAGGGUUCCCGCGAGGGUCGAAAACAACCGCUACGUUAUAUGUGAAAGAACUAUGUACUCGUUUGAGGCGGCUGUAGCAGAAUACGACGCAGAGGUGACCGUUGUCUGGAGCGAUAAUCAUCACGUGGACACCAGGCCGAUGACUCUCUACAAGUGUUCCGUGCUGGGAUCUCAUCGCGACCGGGCAGACUGCUCGCUGUGUGUGACCAGAAACCCCGAGUACAGAUGUUCUUGGUGUGAUAAUCAAUGCGCCUAUGCUGACACCUGCACGGGAACCCCAGUCAACUCCUGCCCAAAACCAGAGAUACAUGUGAUAAAUCCGUUGAACGGCCCUAUCGAAGGUGGCACGCUUGUGACGAUCGAAGGCAGCAAUCUCGGACGCCAGCGGUCCGAUAUCGAAGGGAAGAUCCACAUCGGAAGGAUCCCGUGCAAGGUAGUGGAGUACAAGGUGUCGAACGAAGUUGUUUGUCGGGCAGGCCCUGCCCCGGCUGAACUUGAUGCCGCGAUUGUUGUCGGGAAUGCAGCCGGAUUCACGCAGUCCGAAGUUAGGUUCUCCUAUCGGAAUGUCGAGGUGAACGGGAUAUUUCCUUUACGAGGGCCGCAGAGUGGAGGCACUGAAGUUGUGAUUCAAGGCAAUCACCUGAAUGUGGGCUCUUCAGUCAGUGUCUCGUUCAACGGAUUGGCUUGCAAAGUGAACCCGUCCCAGACUUCUUCCGGGAGGAUUACAUGCACCACUUCACGCUCGAAUGGCCCGACGCGGAUCGAGUCUGUCAGUGUUCACAUCGACAAUGCAGUGCGGACUCUGUCGAAGAACCCGUACAACUACACCUUGGAUCCGGUCAUAUCUGAAAUCAAGCCGUUGAAGAGUUUUUCAUCUGGUGGCCGCAUCAUAACAGUGCACGGAUCAAACUUCGAUUCCGUCCAAACCCCGUGGAUGCUUGUGCGGUUGGAGGAUCAAACCACUGCGCUCAAUAUGACGGCUUGCAGUGUUCGUGGGCCCACUUACAUGGAGUGUCCAACUCCGCCUGUGAACCUGGCGGACCUGUUGAGUCGUCGCAAUGAGGCGAAAUCUUCUCGUGUCGGUCGUCGACUUCGACGAAUGGCCGACAUAGAUGCGCUUCCCGCUGGAAGUGCUACUGCCGUGAUUUUGAGAAUUGGAUUUAUAAUGGACAAUGUGGUUGCUGUGUUGGAUCUCCCGAAACAUUUUCACAAUCUCCGGUCUCAGUUGACUUAUGUACCUGAUCCUAUUUACCACGUGUUUCCCAACAACAUCAAAAUCUACAAGGGAGACACUUUGGUUAUAGAAGGUGAGGGAUUGAAUCGAGCUAGCGAUGAAUCUGAUGUUAAAGUGACCAUCGGAGUCAAGGAAUGCAACGUGACUGCCCUGACCUCGCGUCAGCUUCUGUGCUUACCCCCGCUUGACUCCCCGGAAUCGACUGACGAAAACGGCGUUCCAACCCCACAACUACUUCCCUUGGUAGUUGUUCGAGUAGGGAAGAAUCUUAGGUUUCCAUUGGGCCACCUGCAGUACGUGUUCGGACAAGGAGGCAGUCACGGCAAUCUGCGGAAAUACCCAGGGACGAUUUUCACCGGGGCCGAGUUCAUCGUGGGCAUUGCGACUGCUGUUUUGGUUGUACUUUUGGCCAUCAGUUUCAUGCUCAUUUAUCGGUGCAAAUCUUCGCAAGCGGAACAAGAGUACAAACGAAUUCAGAUCCAGAUGGAUACGUUGGAAAGCAACGUGCGUUUGGAAUGUAAACAAGCUUUUGCCGAGUUACAAACCGAUAUGACAGACAUGACAGCGGAUUUGGAAUCCACAGGAAUACCUACGCUACCGCAUGUAGCAUAUGUUAUGAAAGUCUUCUUUCCCGGCGUCGUUGAUCAUCCAAUUUUGAAUGAUCCAAAGCUCAGUCAGAUUUUGCUGAACGGGCCUCGGACGAACUACGACUCUGCAAUGGUGCAGUUUGAGCAGCUUGUUUGCAACAAAAUGUUCCUGCUCACCUUUAUAGAGACGCUUGAAAGCCAGAAGUCGUUCACGAUCCGUGACAAGGUGAACGUUGCUUCGCUGCUCAUGGUUGUGCUGAUGGGAAAGUUGGACUACGCGACUGAAGUCCUACGGAUGUUGCUGUCACGACUGGUUGAACGAGCAGCGAACAGUCGACACCCGCAGCUAAUGCUGCGACGGACCGAGUCCGUCGUGGAGAAACUCUUGACAAACUGGCUUGCCAUUUGCGUUGCGGGUUAUUUGCGAGAAAAGGCCGGGAGCGGAUUAUUCCUGCUUUUCAAGGCCAUUAAACAUCAAGUUGAGAAGGGUCCAAUUGAUGGAAUCACGCGCGAUGCCCGUUAUACCAUGUCCGAAGAGCGGUUAUUGCGGGAGCAAGUGCCUCAUCAAGUUAUCACAAUCCAUUUGGUGCAAGACGAUCCGCACUAUGAAAAAAUACCGUAUCAUGCUUAUCAGUGGAGACCUUGUGGACGAGCAAUGCCGUUGAUCUUGGUAGAUGACGACGGAUCAACAAAGAAAGAGCCAGGUGGCUGGAGGAAACUAAACACACUGGCUCAUUAUGGGGUUCAAGACCCGGCUCUGAUGGCAUUGAUUCCCCUGCAAAGUCCCCCUGCACGACAUAUGUCCUUGGGGAAAGGCUGCCAGGGCUGCGCUGUAAGCCCUUACGACCCACACCCGAGUACCGGAACCCAUUCAAGGUUUACCAAUGGUCACUGCGGUGGAUCAGACAGCUCCCUUGUUUAUCACCUAGUCAAGCCUGUGGACGAUGCGGAUGCUCCGAGUGGAAGCAGAGGUCACAAAGCCAUUCCGGAGAUCUAUCUCACUCGUUUGCUGGCCACUAAGGGCACUAUCCAGAAAUUUGUGGAUGACUUCUUAUCGUCUAUCCUCACUGUGGACGAGUCUUUACCACCCGUCAUCAAAUGGCUGUUCGAUCUGCUGGAUGAACUGGCGAAACAGCACGGCAUUACUGACCCAGAAGUUAUCCACGCGUGGAAAUCGAACAGUCUUCCGUUGCGUUUCUGGGUGAACUUCAUCAAGAACCCGGACUUCAUUUUUGAUAUUAACAAGACCCCCACGGUGGACUGCUGCCUGUCUGUGAUAGCUCAAACGUUCAUGGAUGCAUGCACUACGACGGAGCAGAGACUAGGGAAGGACUCGCCUUCAUCCAAGCUGCUGUUCGCCAAAGACCUCCCCAGAUACCGCCGCCUUGUGUCCAAGUUCUACGCCGACGUUGCUGAUUUGCCACUAGUAACAGACCAGCAAUUGCAUCCUGCUUUGCUGCAGCUCUCCGUUCAACACGCUGGAGAUUUCGACACGAUCGCUGCCUUGAAAGACUUGUACAUCUACGUCUCUAAGUACAGUCACAAAAUACAGGAAGCUUUAGAGAACAACGGGUACUGCAGUAAAGCGAUGCUGGGCCUGAAACUCAAAAACGUGGCUUUCACAUUGGAUGGUGACGAUACUCUGUCGUUCUGAAGUGAUAAAUGAUCAGCUGCUUUUUCUGUUCUUCGAGUGGAUGCCGUACUGCUUGACGAUAUAAUUGUGCCCUUUGUUUCAUACUUGGAUAUCUGCAUAUUUGUUCUGAAACGGAGCAAUGAAUUGAAACUGAUUUUUGUUA